ACUACCGGACAACAUGUUCUCGUAUAUUUAAAUUUAAUUUAUCAUCAGCAACUUUUUUAAAUAUGACAUAUAUUUAAUAUUUUACUUUCAAAAAAUGAUGAAAUUCAGAAAUAUAUAUAUAUUUUUUUAUAAAAAUGUUUACAAUAUGUAAAAUUUCUUAAUAACUGGGUAAUUAAAAAUAAUUUAUAUUCGAUAUUCAUUAUGGCUGCGAAUUUAACAGUUUCCUGUAAAGUUUUCCAAGCACUCUUAAAUGUUGAUAUACACGAGCUAUGCAAGUUAUCUGCCAAAGAUAUUCGACCAAUUCUUCCUUGUUUAGUUAGGAUGAGCCUUAUAUCAUCUGCUGACAACAUGGCUGAUUAUACUGAUGGUAAAAAAAAUAUUCUAACGUUACUAUCUGGCAUAGAAUUAGUCAAUUCUAUUGUAGCAUUGCUAUCCAUUGACUUCCACUCUUUGGAAAUAGAUGUUAAAAAAGAACAAUUAUUAAGACAAAAGUUGGGAAGUACUCAAGCUGAUAGUAUUCUUAUACAUUCAUUACAAAACCCACUUUCACUUGAAUUUGAAAGAAGUGAUUCUACUAGAAGGCUAAGGCUUGUUUUAAGUGAAAUUCUCUAUAUUUCUUCACAGAUUCAAGAACAUCGAGAAAAACAACACUGUAAUCAAUCUACCAUUAAUUCAGAAUUUUAUAUAAAACAAUCUGAUUUAUUUGAUUAUCCUGUUUAUAUACCAGAAGUUUGUGAUGUAUUAAAUAUUGCUCUUUCUGAACUACCAGCUAUACUUACUGUUCAAGAUAUAGCUGAAGUACUUUUGCACGUUAAACAUGGUUCAACAUUUAUUUGUUGGAUUGUUGCCAAUUUUCCUGAUUGUUUUUAUGAUGUAUGUACGAGUUUAAUUCAAAACUCAGAGAGAUAUGAAGAAGAAAAUGGUGGUAGUCGUAUACGUAUAGAAGUUUUGAUUCAAUUAUGUGCUAUGUACCCAUCUGCUGCUCUUGUUGUGCGAGCAAAAUGUGUUGAACUUAGUAAAAUGCCAGCCUUAACUAUUAUGCUAACAUUAGAACACAAAAUUUUUGAAGUUCCAUUUUUGGAUAAUAUGUGUACAUCAAGCAACAAUGAUCUAGUAACCUUUGUCUCAGGAUUACUUCUAGGGAAUGAUCAACAAGCCAGAAGUUGGUUUUCACAGUUUAUUAGACAAAAAAGAAUCAAGGAUUCAGUUAAUAUUGCUGUUCAGAAUAUGCGUGAUGAAUUAUUAUUACAGCUUCAAAAUUUAUUAAGAAAUGUUAAAGAUAAUACAUUACCUAAUUCAUCUGUUGUUCAAGCUAGUGUAUUACUACGUCUUUACUGUGCAUUAAAAGGAAUUUCUGGGAUCAAAUUUCAAGAAGAAGAAGUGACAUCUCUUGUCAGUUUAGCCACUUGUUAUCCUCCUUCAACUCCUGAAGGUGUAAGAUUUGUGACCAUUGCUAUAUGCAUAAUGAUUUGUUGCAAUACACUUUUAGCAAGUCCAGAAAAUGAAGCUAAAUGUGUACAUUGGUUGAAAAAGUUGGCUAGUAGUGAAUCUCCAUUUUUUGGAAAACCAACUGAUACAACUGCAAGUUUUGGAGAAAUGUUGCUGUUGAUGGCUAUACAUUUUCAUAGCAGCCAAUUAACAUGGAUCUGUGAUCAUAUGUGUAAUACAUUAGGUAUGAGAAUUAAUAUACGACAAAGUACAAUGGGAAAAAUGAAACAAAUUUUCACUCAAGAUGUUUUUCCAGAACAAGUAGUUGCAUCCAGAAGUGUUAACAUACCAGUUACUCCAAAUUUAAAUGCUAACAUGACAGGAUUUUUACCAAUUCAUUGUGUAUUGCAAUUACUUAAAAGUCAAGCUUUCAACAAACAUCGUGUAAAUAUUAAAACUUGGAUUUAUAAUCAAAUUUGUGCUAGUGUUUCUCCAUUACAUCCAUUAUUACCGUCGUUGAUUGAAGCCUAUGUUACUUCUAUACUAAUAUUACCAACUAAAUCAACAUUAGAAGUUGCAGUUAAUCAGCCGUUAACAGAAGAAGAAAUCAUCAAAAUAUUUGGUGACAAAGUGUUUGAUCAAACUAAAAAUAAAUCAUUUACUGCUCAUUUGCUCUUAUUGUACUACUUACUUCUAUAUGAAGAAACUAGCAUGUCAUUAGCAGCACAGCAAAACAAGACACAUCUAACAAGUUUUUAUCGUUAUAAAACUGAAUUUUUAGCAGAUAUUCCAAUUAGAUACAUAGUACAACAAGCAGAGAAAGAGCACCCUUACUCAAGUUUAUUUUCUACAUUGUUAAGAUUAUUGGCCACACAUUUUCCUCAUUUAUCAUUAGUAGAAGACUGGAUGGAAGGUACAUCAACAGAAAUUCAAUUUAUAUCCCAACAUAAAGCUAAAAAUAUCACAGAAGAAAUGAUUGAAAGCGGAUUAAGUAUGAUGGUCGAGCAUCCUGAAAGAGCUGGCAUUGUAUUAAAAAGACUAUGUGCUGAAUUACCAAUUAAAAUUUGGCCUCUUGCUUCAACAUUUCUGAAAUUUUUGCCUCAUAUAUUAGAUUCAAAUGUUUCAAGAUAUAUUCAAGAGUUGUAUAAAAAAGUAUGGCUUAGACUUAACACAGUAUUACCACGUAAUUUAUGGGUCCUCACAGUUAAAUCUCUACAACACAAUAAUGUAGUAAAUUCUCUUAAAGAAGAAAAUAUUAUGCAAGAUCCACUUCAAGUUUUACAGUGUGAUUCCAGAGUUUACAGAUGUCCAACUGUUUUAAGCAUAGUAUUACGUGUGCUACAAUCAUCUUUAGCAGCAUCUAGAAGCCAUUUGUCACGUUUAGUCAAUCAAAAGCUACUGGUUACUGGUCAGAUAGCCAAUAACCGUGAAGAAUACAAAAAUGUAUUGACAGCUGCUCAAGAUAGUGCUGCUAUUCAAUUAUUACUAGAGGCUUGUUUAGAAACUGAAAAUGAUAGACAAUCUUUCUCUAAUAUGAUGACAUUACGGGAAGUACGAAGCGUAGUUUGUUCAUUUUUACAUCAAAUGUUUAUUGCUGAUCCUCAGUUAGCAAAAUUAGUACAUUUUCAGGGUUAUCCAAGAGAACUCUUACCAGUUACAUGUGUUGGUAUACCCUCCAUGCACAUCUGCUUAGAUUUUAUUGCUGAGCUACUAAGCCAACCAGAUUUUCAGAAACAAAUAUUUGCAAUAGACCUUAUUUCAAAUAUUUCUCAACAAUAUCCACUCCCUAAGUCGUUAAGUUUAGCACGUUUAGCCAUUAAUACUAUGUACACAUUUCUCUCAGUAUUAACUCAAGAAGAUCGACGUGAACUAUAUAUGCCUACUCUCCCAGCUUUAGUUAAAAUAUGUCAAGUGUUCCCAACACUAAGUGAAGAUUGCUUAACAUUUUUAAAUCAAUUGGGUCGUAUGUGUAUGUCUGUCACAGCAGUUCGAUCUGAUAUAUUUUUGCUACCUUCUGCAGCUGUGAGAAAUGAAGAUGUAGAAGAACCAAAAUUAAGAAUGAGAAGGGUACCAAAACCAGAUAUUUUUGAUGAACGUUCAGAUGUAGCUGUAGCUAACAAAUUAUUUUCCCAGCAAGUUGAAAAUACUGUUAAAAAAAUACUACAAAAUUGUUUAGAAAGUAAUGCAAGUGCUUAAACAACUUUAAUAUGGACUUAAAUAAAUGUAAUUUAUGAAUAAAUAUAAUCGUAAUAAAAUCAAAUGAAUGCAGAAUGUUAAUUUCAAUUUUUA